AUGGCCACCCAAACUGAACCACGUCUCUACUUUGCCUACGGCUCCAACCUCUCACUCACGCAAAUGGCUCGUCGCUGUCCCUCUUCCACUUACCAUUCCCUGGCUGUGCUGAGAGGUUGGAAAUGGGUCAUUGGGCCGAGAGGGUACGCUAAUGUUGUCAAGGGUUCAUCUGAGUCCAAGUCUAGCAAUAAGACUCUGGGAGAAGGGCAAGGGGAUGAGGUGUAUGGCUUGUUGUAUGUCCUUGAUCAAGUGGAUGAGGACGCUUUGGAUGUAGCUGAGGGUGUGCCGGAUUGCUAUGUUAAGAUGAUGUUGGGUGUCGAGAUACUAGGUGAUGGUCGGGGAGUGGAUGGGAAGGGAUCUGGAGAGGGUGGGGCGGGAAAUACAGAGGUCGAGGUAUUGAUUUACGUUGAUGUUGUGAGGACGGGGGUAGGGGUUUGUAAGGAGGAAUACGUUGCACGGAUGAAUAGAGGAAUCAAAGAUGCUGUUGAGAGAGGCAUGCCGUGGACAUAUGUAAAAGACGUCUUGAGGAAAUGGGUCAGGGAAGAAGACGUGCCGAGGGAUGGAGAUGUGAAAGAUCCUUUCUUCCCCGGUGGUACAUGA